CUGCGGUUCCCUGGUGGUCUAUUGCGGGUUGAACCGAAGAAGACGCGCGAUGCCGUCAGGGCGGUGGUGGCCGAAAUAAGUGGUAUGCGUGAGGAGGUCCCGCCGGCGGAACUGCACAAGGCCAAGGAAUUUACCAAGGGUCGGCUGAUGCUGCGUAUGGAGGACACUCGCUCAGUAGCCGCCUGGCUGGGCGCGCAGGAACUUCUGCUAGGGCAGGUUUCCACGAUAGAUGAAACAGUGCAGAAGAUUGACGACGUUACUUCCGAGGAUGUUGCGCGAGUCGCGGAGAGAAUGCUGGACCCCGACAAGCUCCGCCUGGCCGUGGUGGGCCCCCACCGCGGGGAGAAGACGUUGCAGAAGAUGCUGAAGUUCUAG